GGUGAGCGGAGGGGAAGGAGAGCGACUGCUCGCGGUGUAUCGUGGGAGUCCUGGCAUAGUCGCGCCGCGCACCACGGGAUUCCUGGCUGGCUGGGGCGCAGAGGAUGGUGGGAGUUUGCGGGGCCUUUUCUACUCGCCGGAGCGGCAGCUGGAGCCUGACACAAAAUUCUUGGAGAAAUUACAUCCCUGUAGUUUAUGAAAUCGGCCAACUUUUAGAGCAAGUUAGAGAGUGAAACAACUCUUUAGACCUUCCACUAACCAAGAAAGAACUUAGCCUGCUUUUAUCGUAAUUGGAAUAUACACUUUCUUGUGCCAAAAUGGCAAGUUUUGGCAGGGGCCAGAGCAAUCAGAUGCGUACUAAGAGGAAGAGUCGUUUUCAUGAUGCAGACGCUGGAGGUCAAGCUGCAGGUCCACCUCUGAAUAUCCAAGCAGCCUUUGGGACAUUGUGUCAGAAUCCACACUUGGCUGGCUUAAUAAAUUCUGGACAGGGUCAGAGUUACGGCCUACAUGGUACAGGACAGGGUCAGAAUUAUGGCCCGCAGAGUGUGGGACCAGGUCAGAACUUUGGUCCGCAAGGUGUGGGACAGGGUCAGAAUUAUGGCCCUCAAGGUGUGGGACAAAGAGCUAAAAGUUUGAUGUCAUCAGCUGGUGGGCCAUCACGAUACAACGAUACUGCUAGCAAUAGUUUGCCCUCUUUGUUUGGAGUUAGAAAUCAGAAUCAACAAUCUCACGCUGUUCAGAAACAAAUUGAUGCAGACAGGGCAAGUAAUAUUUUAGCUGCAUUUGGCCUUUCAUCCAGGGAUUUGGAUGAAUUGAGCCACUAUCCUGAAGAUAAACUUACACCUGAAUCCUUGCCAGAAAUUCUUAUGGAGAUUAAAAGAAGAAGAGCUGCUGAAGGAACAUCUUCAAAAUACAGCAGAGGUGAUGGUUCUCUACGACAUGACCGUCCCUACAGAGCCUCUCACGAUGACUGGGAGGAUGAAAGACAUUUUAGGAAACAUAAUUAUGGAAGUCGUGACUCCAGUCUUGACUCAGUGGUUGAAUAUAGCCACGGUCAUUCUCGAGAGUCAAGUUCUAGAUAUGACCGGAAGGAUUAUGAACGUGAACGAUUAAGAGGCAGUGAUGACUUUUCCAGAGAGGAAAUGCACCUCUCUGAGUCCUCGCACAAUUUCAAUAAAUUUGAUUCUGAUUAUGGAAGAGCUGCUCGUCUUCCUUCUCCUCGUACUCAUGAAAGGUCUCUUUUUGAGAGAAAACGAGGAUCUCCUUCAUUGAACAACAUAAAUGAUUACCAUGGUUUUUUGCCAGCAGUCUUCCCCUACUUGUGCUCGCUGUGUGAUCUAACUGUUCAUUCUAUGCAGGAUUGGAACCAGCACAUCAACAGUUCAACACACAGACGGCUUUGUGAUCUACUUGUGGAAAUAUACCCAGAAUGGAAUCCAGAUGCUUUCCAACCUCAGUUGGGCGAUCCGCUUGUUCUGCAGUCAACAAAUCUGGCUCCUGGUAUUUUGGGGCCUCCACCAUCUGGAUCCUUACUUGCAUCCAACAGAGGGCUAGGAGGAAUGGAAACACAUGGGGCAUCCAAUAGGAAAGGUCCUAUGGAUAACAAGCAAGGGAACAACAUUCAGAGAAUAAAGAAGCCCCUCCGAAUGAAUGUAAAUGAUGAGCCUGGGCGAGUGGUUCACAUUAGUGAGUUGCAGCGAGGUAGAUGUAUGAAUCGUGACUUAAUCAAACUGGCUGAACCAUUUGGAAAGGUUACCAACUAUUUGUUGAUAAAGUCAAAGGGUGAGGGAUUUGUGGAGUUGGCCUAUCCUGAAGCAGCUCAAGCCAUGGUGAAGUUUUACCAGAUGAAACCUACCUUUGUGGAUGGCAAUAUCAUUAGAGCAGAACUGUCUCAGAAAUAUAAAAAGUUGACAUUUAAGGGCAAAGAAAGUGAAGAACGCAGCCGAGUGGUCCACAUCAGUAACUUGCCUUCUGUUGGCUACUCUGACUCAGAAAUUGUGCGCCUUGGUACCCCCUUUGGCAAAGUGACCAACUACUUACUGAUGAGAGUUAAAAAUCAGGCUUUCCUAGAAAUGGAAACACACCAUAUAGCAAUGGCCAUGAUUGAGAAGUUUAAGAAAGUGCCUCUAAUGUUCCAUGGCAGAGAACUGAAAGUAUAUUUGUCGCAAAAGUACAAGAAUCUUGUGUUGAGAAAACAAAGUCGGGGUGUUGACGAGUUGCUUGGAACCAGAGAGCGAGAAAACCGAAAAAGGGGUCGUUCUCACAGCCCUCCUUCUAAAAGAGCACGGUCUCCUAGCAUUAAGAGAAAAGCUCAAGAAAAAUUGAAAAAUUCAAAGACAACUGAUCAUGACAAUUCAGAGACAGGUUCUCCUUCAGUUGAAGAAGGGACGGAUCAAAAGCAGGUGGAAGGUGUGAAUGUUGCAAAAAUAAAAUCACUAGAUGGCCCUUCCACAGACACGGAGAACUGUGAGGAACCUGAUGGGUCAGCAGACAUUCUGUUGCCCUAUCAUGAGUCAAUGAACACUGAAUCUGAACUUAGCGGUAGAGAGGGUGAUAUGGAGGUGGAAUUGGAAGGAGAAAUAGAAAUUGGGCAUUUCAAUGAAGACGAAGCUAGUGAUGCAGAAUCAAGCUUUCAGACUGCAACACAAUUACCUGAAAAGAGAUCAGAAGGCAUUAAUUGCCCAGAAUAUGUGGAGGAAUUCUGUGCCCUAAAUGAGAUGGAUGAUUCAAGUGCUGUUCUUUUGAAGAAAGUGAGAUCUGUGCCAGGUGACAAAGUAGAUGCUAAUUUUAUCAAAGAUGAGCAAGAUGCCAAAGGUCAAAGUUAUGAUGCAAGAUACAUUGUGGAUAAAAACACUGAAGUUGAUGCUCAAGGUGAUGAUGGACUGAUGAACAGUACCACAAAUGCAGAACCAUCAACUGAACAGAUUAAAACACUCUCUCCUAUACCAGAUGAAUACAAGCUUGGGCCAUAUAAGCCCAACAAUCCUGUAGGAUUAGAUUAUGUGGUUCCAAAAACAGGCUUCUACUGCAAACUCUGCUGUCUCUUCUACACCAGUGAGGAAACAGCAAAGCAAACUCAUUGUGGCACUAUUGAACAUUAUCAGAGACUUAAGAAAGUACUGGACAAACAAGCUAUAGAAUACUGGAAAGGAAAACAGCAACAAAUCAUUCCAGAGUGACAGCAAGAACCUUCCAACCAAUGAGAAACAUAUUUCCAGUAUUACUGAAGAUAUUGAACCUUAACCCUGAGGACAUGAUCUUUUACUAAUUUAAAACUGGAAAUGUUUAAGUGAGUCUGAUGUUAAAAAAACUUAAAGCUACAAAAGCGCUUUGAAACAUUAAUGGUAUGUCAAUUUUUUCAUGUUCAUUUUUAGUUUUAAAGCUUUAUUAAAUGUAUCCCCACUUGCAGCAGGCUAUCUAUUCUGAAAUCCAGUUACCAGUAGCUUUUUCCCAUCUUCUGUUAGUAUUUUGAACAUAUUUUUUACUGAGUUCUGUUUCAAAUCAGUAAACUUCCACACUAAAGCAAUGACGAUGCAUUCAAUGAUAGUAAUAUAAAAGUUCAAAAUCUUUUUGAAGAGUGUACUUAACUGCGAAAGUAGCCUGGUCCAUCAAAAUUUUGAAGCAUUGUUUAAACCGCUGAGAUUUGUGGGGAGAUGAACAUUUUAACUACUCAUCGCUGGUCAUGUUUUAUCAAACUAAUUGUAACUGAUAGUGAUGGAGUAAAGGAAAUCCAUUUUAAAAAGUGAAAUGAAAAUUAAUGAAGGGUUUAAAGAAAAUGAAUCUUGUCCAUCAUUGUUCCUUGUUGGUUAAAAUUGAAAUUGGAGUUCUGUUAUGUUUCAAAUAUAAGUAGAGAUUUCAUAAUUUGGAUCUGUGAUACACUGGACCAACACUUCAAUCCAUCCAUCUCAAUCCAAACUAAGUACAUUUAUUAAAAAGGAUGUCCUUAAAUGUGUCUGUAUUUGAAAAAGGCACCUGAUAAUUGUUAUCUUAAAAUAUUCAUCUAAAUAGCAAAUAUUGUCACCCUUACAUGUACGCCAUCAUAGAUACUGACCCUUCAAGAGGUGCUUUUGGAUUUGGUGAUUUCACCACCCCCCUUGAAUCAUCUUUCCUACCAUUGAUGAGCAUGAAUUCUUGCGAAAAUCUAUUUUUCCCCUAAACAAAAAUUUUUUACCAUUCUGUUUUUGUAAGAAUGUUGAAAAACCUCAUUCAUGUAUAUUAGGUUACAAAUUACACUCAAGAACUACAUUGAGAGUUUUCCAAAUAUUACUUGUUAUAUUACUUAUUACUGGGAUUUUCUUCAAACCAGAAAAUGCAUAUUUCUUACUGAGUACUGUCACGUAGAGUUUCAUUAGGACCAAGUGAUCAUUUAAUAUGAUGGUUAAAUGUUAUGGAAAAAAACAUAAUUAUAGAGGUUUUAAUGAGUGGAAUAGCUUUCUUUUUAAGAUUACAGUUGUGUUUAUUUUAAUUCGUAUGUGAGGUGUUGCAGUUUCUGUGAACUUGCCGAGUCCUAAAAUGACAUGGAGAACUCCGUGAAUCUGGAUGAACCAACAAACUAAUUCUCAAUACAGUAAUAAAAGGAUGUGUACUUUGAAAGUCCCCAAUACUGUCAUUUAUAUUUCUAGACUGUAGACUUGGAAUAUUGUUCACAACCUCUGGUAUGGUCAAUCUAUUUGGCUUCUCAUAAUAUAAUUUGCUUAAAUAUAUUGAAGCAAAAUAUUUCACGAGUGCAUGGUGAAACUGGGACUUCUAUAAAGCCUUCACAAAUUUAGCUAUUGGGAUCAUACCUGCAUGAAAGCCUGCAAGAUCUGGAAUGGAGUGAUAGGGCUACCUUGCUAAAUUUAUUCCCACUGUUGUCUGUGCUCUAUCCAUUUCGAGUAAAAGCUGUCAAAAUGGAUAGUUGUAAGAGGCGAGUAUUGCAAUGAUUGCUUCAGACCUUGCACAUUAUCUGAAGGCCUGUAUAAUGCAACCAAAGUUUAGAUAUUUGUGUUAAUUAUGCACCAGAAAUGUCAUGCAUGUAAAUUCUUGAACAUAUUUAAGGCUAUUUGAGAUACUUCUGGAUUAAUAAGGAAAAAAAUAUUUCAUGAAAACUUAAAACAGCUCAAAAUAACAGUAUUACAGCAUUGGACUAUUAAAAAAUCCCUCAAACAUUUAUUUUUCUUUCAUUAAUUGCACACUUUCUAAAUACUAUAUGGAGUAUUUAGAAAGUGCAUAUAAAAUUAAUGCACAAAUAUUUUUCUUUCUGUGUGGAACAUAACAGCUAAAAUGAACAUUUCAAAGAACUGCUCCAGAAGCUAUGGAUUAUUGUGUUUUGUAGCUGGUAUGGUGUCAAGGAUGAGAGAUUUCUGUCUUGCUGUCCUGAAUUUAUAUGAAGUGACAUGUUAGCUACAAUUUGUCCCAGAGUCAAAACCAGGUUUUUGUUUUCAUCAGCACUUGAACUCAAAUUCUUGCUUUUGCGUUUUUUAAAGCAAGCAUGCUUCUAGAACUAAGAGUGUACUUGUAGACUUCUGAGAUGGUGUUGGUAUAUUAAAGUAUUCAGACGUAUUAAAUCAUUGCCAAUUACAACUGUGAUGUAUUCUUGUUUAAAUCUGUGGUCUUUAGUACAGAUAUUGUUUUGUAUUCAAACCUUAAACAUAGUUCCUUGGUUUUGAUCUGUUAUGAACUAAAUGCAAUACAAAGAAGCCUUGGUAGAUCACUUGCCUUCCAAACAAGGGUUCAGAAUUAAUGUGCAUGUUUGCCAUGCCAAUUACUAGAAUCAGUCUGCCUUAGCGGGAACAUUCUCACACCUUGUGCAGCAUGUGGUGAGAUAAAAUUUCUGCUUGGGAAUGACUGAUAGCUCAUCUAGCUUAAAUGGACUUCCCAGGUAUAAAAAGCCCAAGUAAAUGCUGUAAUAAGCAGAAAUCCUUCCUUGGACAGCAAGUUACUCAUUGAAAAAUGGGUAGUGAAAGAAGUGGCUUCCUUUGGUUUCAUAUCUAAUUGUCGUGUUGUUUAAAAUUGUUUGCUUUAAACAUUUAUUCAACCUUGAUGUGUCUAGGAUUAAUUGGAAAACAUGCUUUAAAUGAUAAAAUGUGAAAUUGUUGGUUUAUUUUGUUUGUUUAAAAUUGUGCUGUUGAGAGGGUUGGCUGGAAUGAAGAGCCUGUUACACCUGAACACUACACAAUAAAAACUUUUAUAUAGUUAUUGUGAAA